AUAUAUAUAUAUAUAUAUAUUUUUUUUAUAUAUUAUAAUAAUUAAUUUUCUCCUUAACCACUCUGGGUCGCUGCUUUGAGUGGAAGAGGCUUGGAGUUUCUUACCUAAAUCUCAGGUUGCACUGAAAAGAAAUGGACUUGUGGAAGUGUGCAUCUUCUAUUAGUAAGGCACCUUUAAAUACUUCAAAUAACAUGGUGGAGAAGGCUCAGUUUGAACAAGGAGAAAGGAAUGAGAUAGAUGUAGACCUUAGAGAAGUUUACUUUCUGAUUUUGCUUUUUCUAUCCUCUGGGCCUUGCCAAAGGAGUUAUGGACAAUUUUGGAAUGAGCUUUUGGAACAUGAACUUCUGCCAAGAAGAUAUCAUGCCUGGUUUUCAAGAAGCGAUGCACAUAGUGGGAAUGAUGAUGAUGAUGGCGUCUCUCUUCCAUUAAGUUAUGAUAAAUUGAUGGAUAGGUAUCCUCAUAUUGAGAAGGAUCAUUUGGUAAAGCUUCUGAAGCAAAUGCUGCGGCAGAUUGCACCUCCUGUGCUUUGCAAGGUUCGAGACAUUACACCAAAUGCAGCUGCCAUUCCUACUUUACUGGGAUCCGGUUCCUUUUCGCUUCUGGAUUGUGACAAAAGCGUGGAUAAGCAAGUUGAGCCUCUGCCUGCGCACCUGCGUUGGCCUCACAUGCAGGCUGAUCAGGUGCAUGGUUUGGGAUUAAGGGAAAUAGGAGGAGGUUUUGCAAAACACCAUCGAGCCCCAUCCAUUCGUUCUGCAUGCUAUGUGAUUGCUAAGCCAUCAACCAUGGUGCAAAAGAUGCAAAACAUUAAGAAGUUGAGGGGACACCGUGAUGCUGUCUAUUGUGCUAUAUUUGAUCGCUCAGGGAGGUAUGUAAUUACUGGUUCGGAUGAUCGUCUUGUCAAGGUUUGGUCAAUGGAAACUGCAUUUUGCUUGGCAAGCUGCCGAGGGCAUGAAGGUGAUAUUACGGACUUGGCUGUAAGUUCAAACAAUGCUUUAGUGGCAUCUGCUUCAAAUGAUUUUGUUAUCCGCGUGUGGCGCUUGCCUGAUGGAUUGCCCAUAUCGGUCUUGCGGGGGCAUACUGGAGCUGUUACUGCUAUUGCAUUUAGUCCCCGGCCUAGCUCUGUCUACCAACUUUUAUCGUCAUCGGACGAUGGAACUUGUCGAAUCUGGGACGCUAGAUAUUCCCAAAGCAUUCCACGAACUUAUGUGCCAAAACCUUCAGAUGCUGUUGUUGGUAAGAACAAUGGAUCAUCUAGUAAUGGACCCUCCUCGAGCAAUGGUCCACCAAGCAAUCAGAUAUUAUGUUGUGCUUACAAUGCCAAUGGAACUGUCUUUGUCACUGGUAGCUCUGACACUCAUGCAAGGGUUUGGAAUGCCUGUAAACUUAAUGCAGAUGAGUCGGAACAACCGAUUCAUGAGAUGGAUAUAUUAUCUGGUCAUGAGAAUGACGUCAAUUAUGUUCAGUUCAGUGGCUGUGCUGUGGCUUCAAGAUCUUUGUUGUCUGACACUUUAAAGGAGGAGAAUAUCCCCAAAUUUAAAAAUUCCUGGUUCUGUCAUGACAACAUAGUUACCUGCUCUCGUGAUGGUAGUGCAAUUAUAUGGAGGCCUAGAUCACGCAGAUCCCAUGGAAAAUCUCUACGGUGGACAAAGUCAUAUCAUCUGAAAGUUCCACCUCCCCCAUUGCCUCCACAACCUCCUCGGGGAGGUCCACGGCAGAGAAUUCUUCCAACCCCUCGCGGUGUUAAUAUGAUUAUAUGGAGCUUGGAUAAUCGCUUUGUGCUUGCAGCUAUAAUGGAUUGUAGAAUAUGCGUUUGGAAUGCUGCUGAUGGUAGCAUAGUACAUACUCUUACUGGUCACACUGCAUCAUCUUAUGUAUUAGAUGUUCAUCCUUUCAAUCCACGGAUAGCUAUGAGUGCCGGGUAUGAUGGAAGGACUAUAGUCUGGGAUAUAUGGGAGGGCGUCCCUAUUCGCAUAUAUGAAAUUGGACUUGGACGUUUCAAGUUGGUCGAUGGGAAGUUUUCUCCGGAUGGAACAUCAAUAGUCCUUUCAGACGAUGUUGGGCAGAUACAUUUGCUAAACACAGGCCAAGGCGAGUCCCAAAAGGAUGCAAAAUAUAAUCAGUUCUUCCUUGGGGAUUAUCGGCCCCUUAUCAGGGAUCCCGCUGGGAACGUUCUUGAUCAGGAGACACAGCUUCCUCCACAUCGUAGGAACAUUCAAGAUCCUCUUUGUGAUUCCAGCAUGAUUCCAUAUCCAGAACCUUACCAGAUUAUGUUCCAGCAACGUCGACUUGGUGCUCUUGGAAUGGAGUGGCGUCCUCCAUCCAUAAAAUUUGCUGUUGGUCCUGAUUUCAGUUUAGGUCUGGAUUAUCAAAUGCCUCCUUUGGAAGAUUUGGAUAGAAUGAUUGAACCACUGCCAGAAUUUAUGGAUGCAAUUUAUUGGGAACCGGAAAUCGAAAUCCUAAGUGAUGACAGUGAUUCAGAGUAUAAUGUUGCGGAGGAAUGCACCAGUGAAGGUGAGCAAGGUAGUUUUUGUUACAGCUCUGCCAGUGAUCCAGAUUGCAGCAUGGAGGACAGUGAUGGUGAACAUAGUCAGAGAGAUGGCCUUCGCAGAUCAAGAAGAAGCAAACACAAAACUAAAAUGGUUGAGUCCUCUGGGAGGCGUGUCAAGAAGAGGAAUAUGAAUGAGCGUGACGGGUCGAUAUUUGGAAGCACUGGAGCUAAGAAAUUAAAAAAUGGCCAGAAAGUUAGUAAGAGGAAGUCUUCAAAGACAAAGUCAUCAAGACCUCAGCGUGUGGCAGCACGCAAUGCUCUAAAUAUGUUCUCCAAAAUUAGUGGGACAUCUACAGAUAGCGAUGAUGAAGAUGACUCAGAAAAUGAUACAUCCAGCAGUGAAUCAGGGAUGCAAGAUUCAGACACUCAAAGCAACAUAUCUUAUAAAUACGUACAGAAUAUGCGAGAUAGAUAUGCAAGAGAAGAAAAUAUAGCUGAACCUCCUAAGUUCCCUGAAUCUCAAUCAAAUGCUGGAAAUAAAAAGAAAUUAGUUUUGAAGUUUUCAUUGCGCGAUACUAAAAAGCCUGUCUCUCCAAAAGACAGCAUAAUCAAUGCUGAGAGACAGAAUGAUCAGAUGAAUCCAUCUCCAACACUUCAUGAAACUGAAAUUGAAUUAAGCUCUAAAGAUCCAGGAUCAUCUUCCUCAGAUGUGUUUGGUUUGGAGCUGUCCCAGGACCAGCAUAGAGUCCAUAUUACUGGUACAGGGUAUCCUCAAAGGGUUGGGGAUGACAUAGAUGAAUCUGCAGUUGACAAUGGAAACAAAAUCAGAUGGGGAGAGGUCAAGGUUCGGACAUCCAAGUAUUCUAGAUCAGGAGAUGUGAUUCCAGGUGAUGCACACAAGGAAAGCAGGAUUGAUGUUAAUGGGGAUGAACAGUUUGAAGUGGAUCAAGACGAUGCAAGAACUGAAGCUGGUGAAUGUGGUGCACAAAUUGAAGCAAGUGAACAUGGUGCUUCUGCAAGCCCUUUGAAUAGAGCUCCUGAUGUGGGAGACAAGAUUUGGUCCGAUUAUGACAGAAACAGAAAUUUCGAUUCAUUGGAAGCAAAUGCAUAUGCUGCUGUAAACCCUUGUCAGGGAUUGAAAGAAAACCCUCCCAAGCUAAAAAGAUUAAAAUUAAGAACAAAAGGGAGUUUGAUGGGUCCACAAACUCCUUCCAACCAUACAGUUAUGAGAGCAGUGAAUGAUUUACAUCAAGGUACAUUUGAUGUAAUGUCUGAAAGUCCCCCUUACCAAGAGCAAAAUCAACUUAUGGGAAUGCGAGCAAAAAUUGAAGGUUCUAGCAGAUCAAUUUCUUCAUGCAAUAUUCGUGAAAGGGAAAAGUCACAUAAGAGUAGGGCUGAUUUAGAACAUCUGGAUCGUGUUAUGGAAGAAAAUUCUUCAGAUGCUAUGCGUAGAACAAGAUCGAUGAAGAUGAAGGCAACUUCACGGGAGCCAAAUGAUGUGAACCAUGCCUUGAGGAUGAAAGUGGGUCAUAAAUUGGUUGGGACAUCAAAUAAUGAUGGUAUUGGGCUCCUACCUGAAGGAAGUGCGGUCAAUUCGAGAAUUACAGUAAGAUCAAGAUCUGCUAGAAACAGGCGAGCAGAUAAUGGCUCAAAAUAUUUGAUUUCACGGAAUUCAAGUUUCCCUGAGAGGAAACUGUCAUGGCUUAUCUUGUCAAAACAUGAAGAUGGCUACCGUUACAUCCCUCAGCUGGGAGAUGCAGUAGUGUAUCUGAGACAGGGCCAUCUAGAGUAUAUUGAAUCAACUCACUCACCAGAAAAAGGUCCUUGGAGUUCAAUUAUGGGACACCUUAGUGCUGUGGAAAUUUGCAAGGUUGAAAGCCUUGAUUAUGCCCCAUGUCCGGGCUCUGGGGAUAGUUGCUGUAAAAUCAUACUCAGAUUUAUAGAUCCUUCAUCUUGUGCAUUUGGUAAAUCAUUCAAGUUGACCUUGCCUGAACUGAUUAAUUUUCCUGACUUUGUUGUUGAGAAAACGCGGUAUGAUGCUGCUAUCGGUAGAAAUUGGACCCAGAGAGAUAAAUGCCUGGUUUGGUGGAGGAAUGAGAAUGGGGAAGAUGGUAGCUGGUGGGAUGGUAGAAUUGUUUCUUUGGAUGCAAAAUCUAGUGAUUUUCCUGACAGUCCUUGGGAGAGAUACACGGUAUGCUACAAUACUGAUUCACACGAAACCCAUCGACACAGUCCCUGGGAACUGUAUGAUCCUAAAGUGCCAUGGGAGCCCCCUCAUAUUGAUUCUGAGAUCACUCAAAAGCUGCUAUCUUCUUUUGAUAGAUUAGAGGAGUCAGUGAGCAGAAAUCAGGAUAAAUACGGAUUCCAAAAGUUGAAUGAAGUUUCUCAAAAAUUGGAUUUCUUUAACAGGUUUCCAGUUCCUCUCUGUCCCGAAAUUAUCCGAUCAAGGUUAGAAAACAACUAUUACCGGAGCUUAGAAGCAGUGAAGCAUGAUGUAAAUAUAAUGAUGGAGAAUGCCCAAUCUUAUUUUGCAGCGAAUGCUGAGCUAUCAAACAAGAUGAGGCGGCUAUCUGAUUGGUAUUCAAACAAACUGUCAAAACUCCAUGAAGGCAAUUCUCGAUGAGAGGGAGCUAUUGUCAUCCAUGUUGUCAAAAUGGGAGGGGUUACUUAAUCUGUGAGUUACUCUCACAAUGUAUAGCCUUAUUGACGAGCAUUUAAAAUAGAAAAGGAAAUAGUCUUCAUAAUCUGAUUUUCAUCUCAUGUUGGAAACCUAAAA